AUGGUCGGCGCCAUUUGGAUCGACAGUGGCUCCGAUAGUGACACCGAGGCUGCCUCAGGCAGUCGUCGUCGACAGCGGCGCUCGCAGGAUGGAGCUGCCGUAGCUGGUCCCUCUCGACUUGAUGCGCCUCACCCGCAGCGCAGGUCGCCUCGACGUGCAGCAGCGGCGCCUCCCUCCUCCGCCUCCAUCAUCGCAUUGUCCUCCUCGCAGGACCCGCAUCCACCAGCAGCAGCCAAGAAGAAGCGACCCGCUGCUGCCACAGCAAAAGCCAUCGAGACCUCCAGUCGACUCGAUACAGACGACGUUGAGCCUACUCCAGGCCGACGCAUGGUCCAGCUUCUCGCCGACCCCUCUCCAGACACUUCCCUGCCCAGCUUCCGCGAUCUUCUCCGCCAACACAAAUCACGCACCACCGUCGUAGCUUCCGCCAAACCCUCUAUACCCAACGACAACGCUGCAUUCUCCGUCAUAGCUGGAACAUCCCGUGUUGCACCACCGACCAACCGAGCAGGCUCGCUCCGGCGCACCGCCUCCCAACCCGCCGCAUCCAGCUCGCAAGAACAACCCACUUCAUCUCAUUUCCGUGCAUCUGUGCGCAGAGCCAAGGCGCAAGCAGAGAUCAUCGAGAUCGGAUCCGACUCGAUCUUUGAUGAAGUGGAUACGCCGCUCGUUUUGCAAACUUCGUCUCCCAUCCGCUCCCAAUUCAGCGCUCGGCAUCAGCUGACUUCGAGUCAACCACUACCGCUUUCGCCACCGCGACACAGCAGAGUGGGCGAAACGAGAGCAUCGCGACAGCUGCUACGAGCGGAUUCAGCUCCGAUCGUGAUUCUGUCCAGCAGCCCACCGCCACCAAGCUUGCCAAGGGCUAGCCAGAGGUCGGUUGGCCAGCGAAUCGAGGAUAUAGCCGAAGAGGGGGAGGGUCUGCCAGACCUACCGCCGUCGAGCUUUCCCUUUGACGAUCCGCCACCGAGCCCGCCUUUCUCGCCCAUCGACGAGCCGCUUCAGGAUCUCGAGGGAUCGCCCUCGCUCAAGAGACGGGCUGCCGAGUCGAUGCCAGGGACGCCGAAACGAGUGAAAUCGAUGCACCGCGGAGGAUCUCUCCUCGACGCGCUGGACAGCCUGUACGGCGUCGAAGACAGCACAAUGCCGAACCUCAAUCCGCCCUCGGAUGGCGACUAUCCGAGCCCCACAAAGGGCAAAUCCAAAUCAUCCCCAUCCAAAGCGGCCAAAGCAGCCGCCUCGAGGCUCGCCCGCGAAGCCAAAGCCCGCGAGCGGGAAGCGCUCAAAGCAGCCAAACAGCGCGCUGCGGCGGAGAAGAAACGUUUUCUGGAAGUCAACCGCCUCCGCACGUCCAAGAGCGACACGAUGCGCGAACUCAUCGUCGAUCUCGACCGUACGCUUUUUGCGUCUGGCCAACCGUUUGCGGGGUGUCAGGAGUCCGUCACUGCCCGCUUCCAAGAAGAAGGAGCCAGUGUCAACAUGUGUGAUGGCGUGGUGGCUCCUCCUCUGGUGCGGUUUAGGCGGAAGGUCAGGGCGCAGUGGGAUAAGGAGAGACGGCAUUGGGUGCCACUAGACAAGGAGGAGGUGAGGAGGGAGCCCAUGGUGAUUGUCUACAUCGACGCAAAGGAGGUUGUGCAGUUGGUUGGGGAAGGGGCAGGGUUGGAGAGUUGGUAUGGCGAUCUGAAGCGAAGGUUGCAAGCGAUGGACGGGGAGGAUCCGCAGGUGUUUUUGAUCUGUCAAGGGCUGGUCAAGUAUUAUGCGAGGCUGAAGGCUAACGAGAACCGAGCGUAUACGGCGCGCAUUCGACAGCAGCUCGCGGACAACCAGCCGGCGGAUGAACCGACCACCUCGACAGCGCGUCGCAAAGCACCUCCGCCCACCACCACCACGACGGUGCCACCUCAAGCAACGGUGGAACGCAGUCUACUGCAGCUCAAGCUGGUGCACAGAUGCUACGUCAUUCACGCCGCCUCGCUCGUCGACGGCAUCGAAUGGCUCCACCAGCUCACCUCGGAUCUCUCGCUCAAACCGUACAAAUCGUUGCGCGAUACGCAUCUUUCCUUUGCCGUCGACAUGGGUCGCAACACCACCUCGUCCUCCUCCGCAGCUGUAUACGGGAUGAUGCUCCAACAGAUCCCCAGGGUCACACCGGCUAUCGCGGGGAGCAUCACGACGAUUUAUCCUUCGUUGAACGCGCUGCUCAGCGCAUAUGGACGGUGCGCGGACGAAGCGGAGGAGAGAGGCUUGUUGAGCGGCGUACAGGUGCAGAGCAAUAAGGACGGCACGGAGCGCAGGGGCAAUCGGACGAACUUAGGGUUGCAGCUCAGUAAGAGGAUUCAUGCCGUCGUGCGGGGCAGGAAUGCCGAGCUGCUGGUGAGCAAUCCGACCAAGGAUUGA